GCAGCAUCCCAUCGCCCCGGGCAGAUGUUGGGGAGCAGAGGGGACAGGCAGAGCAGCUAAGGGCGGGCCGCCCCCCGGCUGGGGGCCAGCACCGGCAGCGGGGGCCGCCCCGCCGCCGCCUCCCUGCCCGCGGCUCGGGCCCCCGAAAGCACGGCGAGGAGGAGCUACGGAGCCCGCAGACAGCAGGGCAGGAGGAGGGGGGCGGCCCGGCCCCGGCGGGGGGAGAGGCAGUGGCUCGCCCGGCCAUGCCACCCCGGCGCUGAAGCCGCCCCGCCGCAUCCCCUAGCCCCCCUACCCCGCCAUGGCCGCGCCACUCUAGGCGUCCCACCGGCUCGCCCCGCGUCGCCCCGGCUCCCCCGGGGCCGCCGGCCGGAGGAUGGACGAAGAUGGACCGCGAGCGGCCGAGGAGGAUUCGGAGCCGGGCAGAGCCAAGACUUUCAUCCGCCUUAAUGACCUGUCCGGGGCCGGGGGCCACCCGGGGCCGGGGGACAGGGAGGCGGGCAGCGGCGACUCGGAGGCGGAGGCGCUGCCCUACCCGGCGCUGGCCCCCGUCGUCUUUUUCUACCUGAGCCAGGAGAGCCGGCCGCGGAGCUGGUGCCUCCGCUUGGUCUGUAACCCAUGGUUUGAGAGGGUCAGCAUGCUGGUGAUUCUGCUCAACUGCGUGACCCUGGGCAUGUUCCACCCCUGCGAGGAUAUCGCCUGCGACUCGCCGCGCUGCAGGAUCCUCCAGAGCUUUGAUGACUUCAUCUUUGCCUUCUUUGCUGUGGAAAUGAUCGUCAAAAUGAUCGCGCUGGGGAUUUUUGGGAAGAAGUGCUACCUGGGAGACACAUGGAACCGCUUGGACUUCUUCAUCGUCAUUGCAGGGAUGCUGGAGUAUUCCCUGGACCUGCAGAAUGUCAGCUUCUCAGCCGUCCGCACCGUUCGAGUCCUGCGGCCACUCAGGGCCAUUAACAGGGUCCCCAGUAUGCGCAUCCUGGUGACACUGCUUUUGGACACGCUGCCCAUGCUGGGGAAUGUCCUCCUCCUCUGCUUCUUCGUCUUCUUCAUCUUCGGCAUUGUGGGAGUCCAGCUGUGGGCAGGUUUGCUCAGGAACCGCUGCUUCCUCCCUGAGAACUUCAGCAUCCCCUACACAGUGGAUUUGGAGCGGUACUACCAGACAGAGAAUGAAGAUGAAAAUCCCUUCAUCUGCUCCCAGCCCCGGGAGAAUGGGAUGCGCUACUGUCGGAGUAUCCCAACACGGAGGGAAGAGGGUCUGGAGUGCACUCUGGAUUAUUAUUCCUACAAUGACACCACCAACACAUCCUGUGUGAACUGGAACCAGUACUACACCAACUGCUCUGCUGGGGAGCACAACCCCUUCAAGGGAGCCAUCAACUUUGAUAACAUUGGCUACGCCUGGAUUGCAAUAUUUCAGGUCAUCACGCUGGAAGGCUGGGUGGACAUCAUGUACUUUGUCAUGGAUGCACACUCCUUCUACAACUUCAUCUACUUCAUCCUCCUGAUCAUUGUGGGCUCCUUCUUCAUGAUCAACCUGUGCCUGGUGGUGAUAGCGACGCAGUUCUCUGAGACGAAGCAGCGUGAGAGCCAGCUAAUGAAGGAGCAGCGUGUGCGCUACCUGUCCAACGCCAGCACCCUUGCCAGUUUCUCAGAGCCAGGGAGCUGCUAUGAUGAGCUCCUCAAGUACCUGGUUUACAUUGCCCGGAAAGGCAGCAAGCAGCUGGUGAAGGCCUACAAGGCAGCAGGCGUGAGGAUGGGCUUCCUCAGCAGCCCCACGAGCAAGGCGAGGGCCGAGCAGCACACCAGGAAGCGCCGGAGCAGGAAGAGAUCCUCUGUGCACCACCUCAUCCACCACCAUCACCACCACCACCACCACUACCACCUGGGCAAUGGGAACCUGCGAGCACCCCGUGCCAGCCCGGAGAUCAGUGAUGUGGAGACCAGCUCACUCCACAAUGGGACUAACCGGCUGAUGCUCCCUCCCUCGGCACCCAAUUCCCUGGGGGCCCCCAGUGCCUCACCCAGCAACACCGAGUCCGUGCACAGCAUCUACCAUGCCGACUGUCACUUUGAGCCGGUGCGCUGCCGGUCAUCCCUGACACAGCCGAGCCUCGGCUUGCCAAGCCCAGAAGGGAUCCCCAAGAACAUAGUGGGCAGCAAGGUGUACCCCACAGUGCACUCCAGCACCUCCCAGGAGAUGCUGAAAGAGAAGAACCUGGGGGAGGCGGCAGUGGGUGCUGGGAGCAGCACCUUGACCAGCCUCAACAUCCCGCCCGGGUCUUACAGCACCAUGCACAAGCUGCUGGAGACACAGAGCACAGGGUUCUUUUCAGUCCAUGUUACAGAGAAAGGCGAUGGCUUUCCAGGUCCCUGUCAAAGCUCUUGCAAGAUCUCCAGCCCCUGCACCAAGCUGGAAGGUGGCUCCUGCAGCCCCGAGAGCUGCCCGUACUGCCUCGCGGCGCUGGCGGGCGAGGCCGAGCUGUCGGACAAUGAGACGGCCGACUCGGACAGCGAGGGGGUCUACGAGUUCACACAGGAUGUCCACUACAGCGACCAGCGGGACCCACAAAGUGGCAGAGCCCGGGCCAAGAGAGCCCAUCUGGUGCUGGCCUUCUGGCACGUGGUGUGUGAGACUUUCCAGAAGAUUGUGGACAGCAAAUAUUUCGGCCGUGGGAUCAUGGUGGCCAUUCUCAUUAACACACUCAGCAUGGGGAUUGAGUACCACGAGCAGCCAGAGGAACUUACCAAUGCCCUGGAGAUCAGCAACAUCGUCUUCACAAGCCUCUUUGCCCUGGAGAUGCUGUUGAAAGUCCUUGUUUAUGGUCCUUUUGGCUACAUUAAGAAUCCAUACAACAUUUUUGAUGGGAUCAUUGUGGUGAUUAGCGUGUGGGAGAUUGUGGGCCAGCAGGGCGGGGGGCUCUCGGUCCUGCGCACCUUUCGCCUCAUGCGGGUGUUGAAGCUGGUCCGCUUCAUGCCAGCAUUGCAACGCCAGCUCGUCGUCCUCAUGAAGACUAUGGACAACGUGGCCACCUUCUGCAUGUUGCUGAUGCUCUUCAUCUUCAUCUUUAGCAUCCUGGGCAUGCACCUCUUUGGCUGUAAGUUCGCUUCAGAGCGGGAUGGUGACACUCUGCCCGACAGGAAGAACUUUGACUCCUUGCUCUGGGCCAUCGUCACUGUUUUCCAGAUUUUGACCCAGGAAGACUGGAACAAGGUCCUUUACAAUGGCAUGGCCUCCACCUCAUCCUGGGCUGCUCUCUACUUCAUCGCUCUCAUGACAUUUGGGAAUUACGUUCUCUUCAAUCUGCUGGUGGCCAUCCUGGUAGAGGGUUUCCAGACAGAGGGUGAUGCUUCCAAGUCUGAUUCCGAGGGGGAUCUCUUCCCCCACAGCCUGGAAGAGGAGGGAGAACUUAAGAAAAACUUGUCAAAUCCAGCCUUGACGGCCCUGAGCGACCACCCAGAGCUGAAGAAGAGCCUGACCCCGCCGCUCAUCAUCCACACGGCCGCCACGCCCAUGCCCAUGCCCAAGAGUGCGGUGUUCGGGGACGCGGCGCAGGGUUACGAGUCCCGCCGGGCCAGCGGCGUCUCCGUGGACCCCGUUGCUGUCCAUGAGCUCAAAUCCCCGCCCAGCGCCCGCAGCUCCCCGCACAGUCCCUGGCGUGCCAGCAGCUCCUGGAACAGCCGCCGCUCCAGCUGGAACAGCAUCGGCCGGGCCCCCAGCCUCAAGCGCCGGGGGCAGAGCGGCGAGCGCAGGUCCCUCCUGUCCGGGGAGGGGAAGGAGAGCUCCGAGGAAGGGGACAGCUCGGAUGAGGAGCACUCCAGCCGGGCCGGCAGCUUCAAUGGCUCUUUGCCUCACCGCAUGGAGUCGCUGGAAACAAAAGGGUCCUUUGACCUCCAGGAUACUCUGCAGGUGCCUUCCCUGUAUCGGACCAGCAGUAUGCACAGCACCAGAACUUCUGUCUCCGAGCACCAGGACUGCAAUGGGAGGACCUCUCCGGGUCUGCUGCUGCACCAGCUCCGCGUGGAUGAGCCCCACCAGGAUGGUGAUGACGGCGAUGAUGAAGGUAGCAUGAGCAAGAGGGACCGCGUGAAGGCCUGGCUGCGGGCACGGCUCCCCACCUGCUGCAAGGAGAGGGACUCCUGGUCCAUCUACAUCUUCGCCCCUCACUCCAGAUUCCGUCUGAUGUGCAAUAAAAUCAUCACUCACAAGAUGUUCGAUCACGUCGUCUUGGUGAUCAUUUUCCUGAACUGCAUUACCAUUGCCAUGGAACGACCCAAAAUUGAGCCUCACAGCGCUGAACGGAUUUUCCUAACACUCUCCAACUACAUCUUUACAGUCAUCUUCCUGACUGAAAUGACAGUUAAGGUGGUGGCACUAGGCUUGUGUUUUGGGGAGAAAGCCUACUUGAAGAGCAGCUGGAAUGUGCUGGAUGGGGUGCUGGUGCUCAUCUCCGUCAUCGACAUCCUGGUCUCGAUGGUGUCAGACAGCGGCACGAAAAUCCUGGGCAUGCUGCGGGUUCUGAGGCUGCUGAGGACACUGCGGCCCCUCAGAGUCAUUAGUCGAGCCCAAGGACUGAAGCUGGUGGUGGAGACUCUCAUGUCAUCCUUGAAACCCAUUGGGAACAUUGUGGUCAUCUGCUGUGCCUUUUUCAUAAUCUUUGGGAUCUUGGGAGUUCAGCUUUUCAAAGGCAAGUUUUUUGUGUGCCAGGGGGAGGACACCAGAAACAUCACAAAUAAAUCGGAUUGUACAGAAGCAAGCUACAAAUGGGUCCGGCACAAGUAUAAUUUUGAUAAUCUCGGCCAGGCCCUGAUGUCUCUCUUUGUCCUGGCCUCCAAGGACGGCUGGGUGGAUAUCAUGUACGAUGGCUUGGAUGCUGUGGGAGUCGACCAGCAGCCAGUCAUGAACUACAAUCCAUGGAUGCUCCUCUACUUCAUUUCCUUCUUGCUGAUUGUGGCCUUCUUCGUCCUCAACAUGUUUGUGGGGGUGGUGGUGGAGAAUUUCCACAAGUGUCGGCAGCACCAGGAGGAGGAAGAAGCCAAGAGGCGGGAGGAAAAAAGGCUCCGCCGGCUGGAGAAAAAGAGAAGGAGUAAGGAGAAACAGAUGGCUGAUCUAAUGCUGGAUGAUGUAUUAAUGGAGAGCUCAGCCAGUGCAGUGCAAGAAGCUCAGUGCAAGCCCUACUACUCGGAUUACUCCCGCUUCCGCCUCCUGAUUCACCAGAUGUGCACCAGCCACUACCUGGACCUGUUCAUCACCGGCGUCAUCGGCCUCAACGUCAUCACCAUGGCCAUGGAGCACUACCAGCAGCCAAAGGUUCUUGACGAAGCCCUGAAGAUUUGCAAUUACAUCUUCACUGUUAUCUUUGUCAUGGAAUCUGUUUUCAAGCUUGUUGCCUUCGGGUUUCGCCGCUUCUUCCAGGACAGAUGGAACCAAUUAGAUCUGGCAAUUGUGCUGCUGUCUAUCAUGGGCAUCACUUUGGAAGAGAUCGAGGUGAAUGCUUCACUACCAAUUAACCCCACCAUUAUCCGGAUCAUGAGGGUUCUCAGGAUCGCCCGAGUGCUGAAGCUGCUGAAGAUGGCUGUGGGGAUGAGGGCCCUCCUAGACACCGUGAUGCAAGCGCUACCACAGGUGGGGAAUCUGGGCCUUCUCUUCAUGUUGUUGUUUUUCAUAUUUGCAGCUCUUGGAGUGGAGCUGUUUGGAGAUCUCGAGUGUGAUGACACACACCCCUGCGAGGGGCUGGGACGGCACGCCACGUUCAGGAACUUUGGGAUGGCCUUCCUGACCCUCUUCCGAGUAUCCACAGGAGACAACUGGAAUGGCAUAAUGAAGGACACGCUGCGUGACUGUGACCAGGAGUCCACCUGUUACAACACCGUCAUUUCCCCCAUCUACUUCGUCUCCUUCGUGCUGACAGCCCAGUUUGUCCUGGUGAAUGUGGUGAUCGCCGUGCUCAUGAAGCACUUGGAGGAGAGCAACAAGGAGGCAAAGGAGGAGGCAGAGCUUGAAGCAGAACUGGAGAUGGAGAUGAAGACCAUCAGCCCUGGCCAGCACAGCCCCUCGGACAUCUUUGCGUGGACUGGCACCGCCAGCGGAGAGAGACCCGAGAGCCCGCGCGGAUUUACCAAUCCCAUGCAGAUCAAGGUGGAUUCUCAGCUCUCUCUAGCUUAUCAUAUGGAAAGGCACUUGUUUGAUACCAUAUCACUGCUGAUCCAGGAAUCUCUGGAAGGAGAGCUGAAGCUGAUGGACAACCUGUCAGGCUCUGUGUGCCAUCAUUAUGCCCUCCCAGCUCCCGAAUAUUACAACUCUGAGAACCAGGCUGAUCUCCGCUCCAAGGACAACACGCUGACCCUGUCCCCCAGCAAGGACCUGCUGAGCGUGAGGAAGCCCUCGGUGGGACGCACCCACUCCUUGCCAAAUGACAGCUACAUGUUCCAGCCGCCCUACUCCAGCCCCUGCCCUGCCUCCCUGGGCAACAGGAAACCGGCACAUCACAAGUCCCAGUCAGGUUCAAAGGCAUCGGUGCAGUCGCAGCCGGCAGACACCAGCUCCCUCCUGCAAAUCCCAAAGGACCACUUCCACCAUGUCAGAGCUCAAGACCAUUUGGUGGGGGAGAGCAAGCCCCAGGUCUCCCAGCAGGCACACUCCCCUUCUGCUGAAAGGCUGCUCCGCAGACAGAUGGCUAUAAGGAACGACUCUCUGGAUAGCAAGGAGAAUCUCCACACCGAGGUGAGUGAACUCUCUGACCCAAAUGUUCCCACUGUGCCCAAGGAGGAGUCACCAGUGGCUCUGAUGCCCUCAGAAGUGAAUGACUUGGCUGCCUGGAGUCGGGCGAGCGUCCAUACGCAGCAGCAUUCCCACAAUCAGUAUAAUAUUUCAAAGCAGGCACCAGCAUCCUGUGCUUGUGCAGACUCGUAUCAGGAGACCCCUGAAGAUUCAAUGGACCAAGAAGUAUCUGAAAUAAACAGCUCCUCAGAGCCUUUCACUUCAGAAACUUGCACAGCCUCGAGUGCCUGUUCGGAGGGUCAGCCUCUCACACCUAAGAGGAACGUGGGCAAUACCGGCAACGUGAUACUGAAGGACCUGAAGAAAUACCACAGUGCAGACACCCAGGGUCUGCUAAAAAAACCGCCCUCUUGGUUAGAUGAUCAAAGGAGACAUUCAAUAGAAAUUUGUUCCAUAGAAAACAGCCCUCAGCACCAUUCCACGUCCAGCUCUUCUGGCUUUAUAAGUCAGGUGGUCAGUGAAAUGGAAUGCUUGCAAGGUACACGGCAGAAGAAGAAACUGAGCCCUCCCUGUAUAUCUAUAGAUCCACCUGACGGGCAGAGUUUGGAACCUAGGGGACCCCACAGCAUCUCACCUGCCAGUGGAGUCAUUUGCUUGAGGAGGCGUGCUCCAUCCUGUGAGUCCAAGGAUUCGAUGGAUAUAGGGGAUUCACUGCUUCCAGACAGUAUGUCAACGUCUCCUACCCCAAAGAAAGACUUGUUGACCCUUCCUAGCUUUUCCUUUGAUCAAACGGAAAUGGACUCCUGAGUUACUUUUCUGUUGGUGCCAAAUGUCUUCUUCCUUUCAUGUAAUAGAAAAAAAUUUUAAAAAACUCUGUACUCCAAAAUGGCACUGGGUAAAAAAUUUCCAAAGAAAGAUUAAAGAACCAGCUGGUUAAAAGAGUGAUUAACCUAUAUCACGCUUACUUAAGCAUAUGUUCUGCUUAGGUAAAAGCAAUACAAUGUGCAGAAUCUAUAUGUAUAUUAUAUUUUAUUAAAUUAAUUGAAUCUAGUAUCACGGGAUGUAGUACAUUUUGUGACUAAAGACUCAUUUAAUUUUCUUCUAUUUUAUGUAUUUCGGAAUAUUUCUGAGAUAAAGUUGGUUUUUAUGAAUAUUUUAA